AGUAAUGGAGGACAUGAGUGCUCUGGAAUUUGUAUGGUAACGUCUGCUCAAUUUAAAAGAGAAGAAUCUCUGCCCCACUCCAAUUGGUGCUCAGCGAAAAGAGAACACCAAAAAGCGCCGAGUCACAGUCGGUUCCCUCACUCACCACGGCACGCCACUCAUGACUCAUAAAACCAUUUCUUUUACCUCACAAUUCCAAUUCUCAUUGCUCACUAAGCCCUUCCUCUUCUUCUUAGCUCUGCUUUUCCUUUCAAUUCGUUUCAAGAAUCAAGCACCCAACAAACCCAACUGUCCAAUUGAGCUCAAAAGCUGAAGUCUUUAAUGGGGUAAGAUCAGAGUGAGAGUAUUUAGUUGGCCGCCAAAAAAUGAGCGUGAGCCGUCCGUCGGUCCACCCGGUGGAGGCUCCACCGCUGAUUGACGUGGCGGCCCUCAGAGUCAGGAUGAAGGACGUUCAGGGCAUGCCCGGCACCGCCGGAGGCCUCGCUCUCCGUCUUUGCCAGCUCGUCUUCGCCGGAGUCUCGCUCGCCGUCAUGGCCUCCACCAAUGAUUUUCCGUCUGUCACUGCGUUUUGCUACCUUGUUGCUGCUGUGAGCUUGCAAUGUGUGUGGAGCUUGUCACUGGCGAUUGUUGAUUUGUAUGCGAUUUCGGUGCGGCGGAGUCUGCGAAACUGCAACGUUAUUUGUUUCUUCACCAUUGGAGAUGGGAUCACUUCCACUCUUACAUUUGCUGCCGCAUGCGCUUCUGCUGGAAUUACUGUCCUCAUUGCCAAUGAUCUUAACAGAUGUGCUGUGAACCAUUGCAAAAGGUUUGAAUCUGCCACAGCUAUGGCUUUUAUCAGUUGGUUUGUUGUGUCACCAUCCUUUCUUUUAAACUUUUGGUCGCUGGCUUCCCGGUGAAACUUGUGACAGGAGAAUUCGUCAGAGAGCUGAAUCUCAUUAUGUUCUCAAAGUUCACCCAUUUUUAAAUGGCAGUGCUUCUACAAGGAUUUUUGCUCCUUUUCUGUACAUAGAAAUAUUUUUCCAGGGAUUAUUGAGAUACAACAACAUUUCAGAAGAUUAAAUAACAACAAUUAAGGAGAUAUGUAUAAUUUCGGAUUCGCUCUCCUUUGCAACAGGAUUCCCUAUUGGUGUUAAAAGGUCAUGAAAAAACCUACUAGAUCCUCUAUGAGGAACAAA